UUGGUAAAGGCCAAUUAAUAGUAUAUAUUACAUUGAUUAGGUUUCCCUAUAUAUCUGCUAUAUAUAUUGACCAAUCCCAAAAAGAUAUGAAAUUAGAUUUUGAUUCGCUUUAUACACCAUUACAUCUUUCUUUUAUUUUUUUUGGGUCAAACCCAUUGAUUCUUUCUUUUAAAAAAUUGAUUUUUUCAGUCAACAAUAAUUACAUUAAUUAGGUUUCCUAAUAAGCCCUAGAUAUUCUGCUAUAUAUUGACCAAACUAAUGCAAAAAUAUAUUAUAACUUACAUAAUUGUAACUUGAAAGUAUCAUCGCACAAACAAAAUGAAUCGUAGUUGUCCGAUCUUUGGUCCUCCGUGUCAACGCUGCAGCUGUGCUGGCAUUUCGUGCCAACCUCUAUUUCCAGGAAUGAAGGUGGAAUGGCCAGAACUAACAGGAGUAAGUGGACUUGAAGCUAAGAGAAGAAUCGAACAUGACAAUCCAAAAGUGGUGGCUGUUAUCAUUCCCGAUGAUGUUGCUGUGGUAGCCAUCAAUUGUUGUAACCGUGUCAUUCUCCGUGUUCCCGUUAACAACUGUCCCAAUGGUCCUGUCCUUAAUAUUCCUCACGUCGGAUGAGGAAACUAUAUAAUCUUCCUCAUGUCGGGUAAGGAAACUAUGUUGUUGUUUUACCCAUUUCCGUUAUAUCUUUUGUUUCAAUAAUUUCCGGAUAAGUAUUUUUAUUCUCUUCGAUUAAAAAAACUGGUCUGAUGGUAAUGUUUCUUUGAAUAAUGAAAUUUGGCAUAUUAAGUUA